AUGGCAAGCGAUUUAGCCGCUCGCUUCGGCAUAUACUUUCUGCACAAACUACCCGAAUUAGUUACAAAUACAAAAUCCACGGUUUCCAUAUUGAAUUGCGUGACGGCUCGACAGCUUUGCUUCAAUGACAGCUCCUGUUCGGCCAUCUUGGAAAUUAUUCCACGUGUUUGUGGACCUGAAGUGGUGGCCUGUUCGACAGUUACCGUGACGAAAUGCCAGGCCGCCCUCCGCACCCUGCAGGCGUUUCCCUUCUUCAAGCCGACGUGCCUGUGCAGGGAGCCGCACGUCGACCCCGAGUGCAACUCCUUCCGGGAUUUCCUAUUCGAUCAUCCCUGCGUGUUCGUCAAAGAGAGAGAAAAAGAUCCUUAUCCGGUUGACGCGUUGCCAACUUGCACCCACGCCCACUACGUAUGUCAGCAGGAGCCCAAAUGCAUAAAGCUCUACGAGGACUUUAAGGCCCACUGCAAAGUUAGAGAUAACAAAUGCCGGAUGGAGGAUAGGGAACUGUGUUUCGAAGCAUGGUCAAGCUUGAGGCGAUCUCCGAUGUUCGGUUGCAUAUGUCCAAACAAUCACAUGAAGAAACGAUGCGACAGGAUGUUCAGCAUGGUCAAUCACAAUCCCUGCAUCGGUAAGUAA